UUUUAAGCCUAUUAGUUUUAUUUUGGAACUGUAAAUUAUUUUUUAUAAAGCACGUAUGCUUCCUUCCAAACCAUCGACGAAUAGGCUGCGAAGACAGAAUAGUUUUCUAAAGUUGUAUAUGUAGCAAGGCAUCUGAUUAUUUAUACCGGCCGGCAACAAUCUGUAGGUCUGGAAAAGUUAUCCAUAUAGAUAUUGGAAUACUCAAAAACGGCCGACUCACAACGACAACAACGAUGACAAUUAUGUAAUCUGCAAAUAUAGUGUUUCGUUUGAAAACUACAGUUUUUUAAGGAGUGCUCGCCGCCAUGGAUAUGCUGGUGUUUUUAACAGCUACGGCGCAUCUAGUUUAUACGCCGUUCACGAAAGUGGAGGAGAGUUUUAACUUGCAGGCAAUGCAUGACAUAUUAUAUCUGCGCAACAACUUCACGCAGUACGACCAUCACGAAUAUCCAGGCGUAGUGCCGCGAACGUUUAUUGGGCCACUUGUUGUUUCAAUGCUCUCUGCGCCAUUUGUGCUGCUCUUCGAGGCCCUCAGCAUAAAUAAAUUUUGGGCGCAAUAUGUAGUACGUAUAGUCUUGGCCGGAGGUAUUUCGGUGGCUUGGAAUAACCUGCGCCAGGCCGUUACAAAGAUCUAUGGAGUCGAGGUGCGUUUGUGGUACACUAUAAUAACCAUUAGCCAAUUUCACUUUAUGUUCUACAUGACGCGCCCACUCCCAAAUGUGUUUGCGCUUCCUAUAGUGCUUUUUGCUAUUUCUUACUGGCUACGUGGCCAGAACAAGCCUUUCAUCAUAUGCUCAGGUAUUGCUAUACUCGUCUUUCGUUUCGAGCUAGCUCUGUUCUUGGGCUUACUGCUGGCAUUGAAUUUACUGCAACAAAAACUGUCUAUUGAUGGAAUGCUCAAAAUCGCCUUACCUGCAGGAGUAUCCAUUUUAGCCGCUACUGUGCUGGUAGAUUCGUUUUUUUGGCGCCGUUUUCUAUGGCCCGAGGGUGAAGUGUUAUGGUACAAUACCAUACUUAACAAAAGCUCCAAUUGGGGCACAUCGCCAUUUCUCUGGUACUUUUAUUCCGCGCUGCCACGGGCUAUGGCGGCCUCAUUGCUUUUUGUACCAAUCGGCAUUUAUUUGGAGUCCCGUGUGCGUCCGCUGGCAUUGUCAGCGCUUGUGUUUGUUCUUCUGUAUUCGGUGCUACCGCACAAAGAGCUGCGCUUCAUCAUCUACGUUCUUCCCGUACUCAAUAUUGUAGCUGCCUGCGCAUGUCAUCGCAUUUGGCUUAACAGUGCCAAGUCGGCAUGGCAUGGUUUUCUGGCACUUUGCGCGGGUGGACAUUUGCUACUUAAUGUGGGUGUGACUAUAUUUCUGCUUUUAAUUUCGGGUACAAACUAUCCUGGAGGGGCUGCGCUGUCCCGUCUCCAUCGACUAGAGCUGGAAACUUCAAAUGUUUCGGUGCAUAUUGAUAACUUGUCAGCACAAAGCGGGGUAUCGCGUUUUAUGGAAAUCCGUGACAGUUGGACUUAUAGCAAAGAUGAGACAAUGAAUUAUACGACGUCCGAGCUUGAUAGAUUCACCCACCUCUUGGUAGAGGCUAAAAACAAGCAUAAUACCGAACUGUGGAAUGCGCUGCAGGAGGACUUCGAUACCCUGGAAUUUAUAGAUUGUUUUAAUAGCAUAGGUAUACAAUAUAAUUCAUUGAUGCCAGUCCGCAUAAAGACCAAGCCUUGCAUUGGCAUUCUGAAAAAACGGAUGUCGGCCAAGGUGUCCGUAAAAGCGAAAGCUAAGAAAGCUGGAACCAAGUUACGAAAAGAAAAAAAGGCGGAAGCUAAGGUGAAAUCACAUGAGAUAGGUGAUGUUGAUGCAACGGUCGAGACUACAGAUUCGCUGCUAACUUUAGAAACACCUUUAGCAAAAGAUACAGAAAUCGUAAAGCCAGCGGAAAUAGAAAAGAAAGAAGCGGGAGAUCAGGCAGUAUUCAACACAGAAUUUGUUGAAUUGAGGUCAGUUAUAGAACAAAGAGAUAGAGAAAUAAAUGACAAGAACUCUGUCCAAACUGAUGAUGACGAUGACGAUGGCGUUGUUGCCAAUGUUGAUGAAGCUUCGAUUGAGCUUGGCUUGGAUUCCCCAACUAAGGAGAUUAAUUUUCAGGAGCUGCGCAACCUGGCAUUGGGUAAGGCGACGCAAAAAACGCGGGCUGCGACGAAAUCUAAAAUACGUAGGAUCAUUGAGCAGCAUUAUCGUGGCAAAGGACGGCACAUCGAGAACGACUCCAAAGAGCAGCAGGGGCAAAAGACAAGUGUCCCUGGAGGACGCACUAGCAUGCGGCAAUCGGUCAAGUCCAUUAUUAAGCAAGAGAAAAUAAAAGAGAUGAUCGAACAAAUUGCUACUAUGGAUCUGACGCAAAUGUGCAACUUGGAUGUGGUGUCAACAAAGGACUGUUUGAAACAAGUCAUAGAUAAAAUGGACGAGAAGGAAAGCAAAUCAAUUGUAUGACGCAAAUAUUUGAAGGAUCUUGAAUAAAAUGUCGUUUUCAAAACAA